AUGUUUAUCACAGUGAUGUUUGGAGCCGGCUGCCGGGAGCUGGUGAACCCCUGGUGCAACCUGGUGACCCUCACCGCCCACCUGAGGCAGAAGGGGAGGGUCCCCCCAGAUGCAACUAUCGCUCUCCUGGCUGAGGACGGGCACCUGGUGAGCCUGGACGAGGGUCUGGAGGGGGCUGCCCCAGCAGAGUCCAUGGCCAGUUCCCUGCUGCAGGAGCGAGGGACCUAUGUCCUUGUGCAGAUCAUCAGUACCAAGCAGGCCGAGAGGGGAGAGGGCGGGGCCCCCACCCGCUAUGAGUCCCUCCUGGAGAACCUGGAUGACCAGUGUCCAGAGCUGGCAGGUGCAGACAGACAGCAGUCCAGCAGGAUUCCUCUUGCAGAACCUGGAAUUACUGAGAAGUUGCAUCAGCAAGAGGGGCAAGGUCACAGACAGGACGUGAGGCUGCUGGGGGCCCCUAAGAUCUACAAUCUGGCGUUGUGGUCCAGCUGUCAGUGA